AUGUGUGCAGCAUCUAGACCUAUUAAGGACUGUGAAGGGAGGAUGAUACAUGAUGGGAAGUUUGGUAUCUAUCCUUUUGUUAAGUAUGUGAGAGCCAAAUAUUCAACUAAGAACAGAAGGGCUAGAACUUGGAUGACAAAAGCAAAUGAAAGUGUUAACCUAGCAGUUAUGAGGGACAUGAUAAUCAACACUAUCAUCACUGCCAUCAUGAGAAAUUCGCCCAAGGGUGUGUCAAAGGAUAUUUACAUACAACAAGACAAUGCAAAACCUCACAUUCAUGCAGAUGACCCAACAUUUAGGGCAGCAUCAACUGAAAAUGGGUUCAAUAUUCAAUUAAUCAAUCAACCACCUCAGUCUCCUGACUUAAAUGUGCUAGACUUGGGAUUUUUUAGAGCAAUUCAAGCACUACAAUUUCAGUCUUUUCCUAAGAAUCUAGAUGAUUUGAUUUUAAAAGUGCAGGACUGUUAUGAUUUCUUGGACCUAGAAGUAUUGAUGUACAAUUGGUUGCGAUUACAAUAUGUCAUGGUAGAAAUACUUAAAUGUAAAGGGGGAACAGUGAACCCACACCAUGACAAAAGGAAGCCAGAGAGACAGUGA